CACAUGUGUGCUAAAGGUAAUACUACCAAUACUUCUGGGUUUUGAUCAGUAGAAAGCGAGCCCAAAUGGCUGUUUUACUGUUAAAGGGUGCAGACCCGUGCCACAGGCGCACGCGCUCACCCCCUCGCGGGGCUCCUCCUCGCCAUCUCUCCAGCUGCCGCCCCUCCCUCCUCCCUCCCUCCCUCCCGCUGCAGCCAGCAGUGGUACGCUCCAGCUCGGAUGCGUUUCGCUCCUCGGCCGGUGAUCAGUCCUCAUCAGUACCACAGGAGCCUCGGACUCCCGGGCCCGUCCGUCCCGCCAUGAAGCAGACUCUGAGCGAGCUGAUGAGGAUGAGCAGGAUUUGCCGGAUGGUUUUCGCCACUUGUUUGGGAUCCUUUGUUCUGGUCAUCUUUUACUUCCAAAGUCUGUUUAACCCCGCCAUGCAGACCAACCAUUUCAUGGUGGAUGGGUGCUGUAAGAAAGGAUCUCGCAAUGCUCUGCAGGAGCUCUACAACCCUCUGCAGUCGGAUUUGUCUGGAGCAGCAACCCUACACCAGGCCAGGAGGGAUCAAGUCGUGGAUGCUUGCAGGACCUACAGCGCAUCGAGUCGAAAGCGGAGAGUACUCACGCCUGGAGACCUUAAACACCUUGUGGUGGAUGAAGACCACGAGCUCAUCUACUGCUAUGUUCCCAAGGUGGCCUGUACCAACUGGAAAAGGGUCAUGAUGGUGCUCACAAGCCGAGGCAAAUACACAGACCCAAUGAAAAUCCCUUCUAAUGAAGCUCAUAUUCCUUCCAACCUGAAGACACUGAAUCAGUACAGCAUUUCCGAGAUCAACCACCGCCUGAAGAACUACCUCAAGUUCCUCUUUGUCCGGGAGCCCUUUGAGAGGCUGGUCUCAGCGUACCGCAAUAAGUUCACCCUGAAGUAUAACUCUUCUUUCCACAAGCGCUUCGGCACCCGCAUCAUAAGGCGCUACCGUAAGAAUGCAACACAGGAUGCCUUGGUCAACGGGGACGACGUCAAGUUCAAGGAGUUCAUCGAGUACCUAGUGGAUCCAGCCACCCAGAAAGACGGUCCACUGAACGAGCACUGGCAGACGGUCUACCAGCUUUGCCACCCCUGUCACAUUCACUAUGACAUGGUGGGAAAGUACGAGACUCUAGAGGACGAUUCAAACUACUUGUUGGAACUGGUGGGCGUCGGCAACUUCCUGCGCUUCCCAAGCUAUGCCAAAUCCACUCGCACCACUGACAUCAUGACUGCUCAGUUCUUCAGCAAUAUCAGCAGCCAACAGCAGAUUCAAGUUUACCAGCUGUACAAGAUGGACUUCCACAUGUUUAACUACUCCAUACCCAGCUAUCUACGGCUGGACUAACGGAUAACAGAGCUGGAACUCUGAGUGUGUCUGCUGUGUUCAAAAAAGUUUGGGCAGUAAGAAAUGACUGUUAAAGCUGUCACUGUUGUGAAAAUGAUACAUGAACAGGACUGACUGAAGCAACGGAGGCUUGUGGAAGAACGUGCAGUCAGCAGAAGCACUGAUUAGAAGGGAAUGUGUCUAAAAGGACCGAGCGCAUGCAAAUACUGGAAUGUGUGGGUGAAGCAGGUCUUCAAGGUGUUUAAUAAAGGGGAGCUUAUCCUCAGGGGACGGACUCACAGAGGGGCUCUUCUGACCAUGUUUCCUACAAACUGCUGACAAAUACGCCUGUUUCCGAUUCUGCGGCAUCACACGCACCCUGACCCCGAACAAUCAUGGAGGCUCAGCGCAUCUUCUUUCCCUUGAUCAAUAGACAAACUCAGUCAAAUUGUAAAGUAGUUUGUGCCCUCAGAGUCAACACCUUCUCCGCUUAAAGGACUCCUUCUAAUUUAAAGCUUCUGAUUUCACUCUCGAAACCUCUCCAGCUGUAACUAAAUUGUUUAAGUUUAACUUUAUAUUAUUGGAACUCCUGUUUUACACCUUGAGGCUUUAGUGAGAUCAGCGACUCCUUCUUGUAGCAUCCAUUUAUGUGGAAAGCAAGCAGACAGCAGAGAGACAGCUGAGGAGGUUUUAAAAGGUUAAAAGAUAACCGCUACCCUCACCAACAUCUUUAUAUAAUUUAAUGUCCUUUCUGUUGUUAAGGUUUUAUGAAUGAUUGCUGCGAGCAGCAAUCACAGAUUAUUUAAUUUGCUUUAUAUGUUAGAAGAAAUAGUUUUUUUUUUAGUUGAUUAACAUGUCUGUAAAGUUAAAGUGAUCUGUCAAUCUUAAAUCUUCAAAUCCA